GUACAAUCAGUUUUAUUUGUUUAGGUCAAAAAUCAGAGCUAAAAAGCAACGAAAAAGUUCAGAGGAAUUUUUUUUUAUUAUUGACAAAAAAACCAAAAUUUUGAGUAACCAAAAUUUUAGCACAAAUAAUUUCGAUUUUCUGCUAACUAUGUCGAAGGCAACGAAACUGCGCUUUGCUUUGAUCACCGAGGAUGUCUUGGAUAAACUCAGACCUCGUUCUCAAUCUGAAAAUGGGCGAUCCAAGGAAAUGUCUGAUGUUGUCACAGCCAUCAGGACGGCGGUCAAUGAGGUUGUGAAUGAGAAACUGCAGCAAUUGAGUAAUACUAUCGAUCAGAUGGUCGAAGAAAGUGUUUCAAAAACGCUGGACCAGCAGAACUUGAACAGGGCUCUCAUGGGAGGCAGUAACUUACCCGGAAUGAAAAGGAUUAACAUGGAGAAGGUCUCAAAGGUUCCAGGACCAGCCUUGCAAGUUGAAUCAUCUAGUUCUUUGAAAUAUCUCAAUACCAAACGUCGCCGACCCAAGAAGAAUAACGAUGAAAUCAAGGGUCAUGUGACUUUUGCACAAGACGAGCACUUGGUAAGGAGGCCAAGAGCCAAGGCUCAGAAAAUCACCGUAAUGCCAAUCCAUUGUGAGAACCAGGUAAAGACUCCUCCGCCUAGCAGCAACAAUCCAACUCCGCUGCUGCCACCACAACCCAGUAUGGAUCACAAGGCCCUGAAGAGGGACGACGACGAUGAAUUCUCGGAUAUGGAAGACCCCUCCAUACUUACCAUCGCCGCCAAAUAUCUGAAGAAACUCGAAGAAUCCCGUCGCCGCAAACAGCAGCAAUUGCCAUCGAAUUCAUGAGUCCAAAAAAUAGGAGCCCAACCAUAUGUUAACUUCCAUUUGGUUUAAGACAAUUUCGGUGUUUUUUUCUAAGUAUCUCUUUAACUCCUGAGCUCGAUACCCCAAGAGUGAGUGUAUAUACUAUACGCGAUUUUGGUCUUGACCAACGACUAAUGGAAGUGGGUGAAACAUGUGAAGAAAUUAAGUUCAUGAAGUCAUACUAAAUUAAAUUGUUAAUUAAUUUCUCCAGGUUUUAAUCGGACACGAAAUGCUAUAAAAUAGCAAAAACUCGUUUAAAAUUUAUAUGGUAAACAGUUUUUAAUCCAAAUUUUAACGCCACAUAAACCUUUAUUUGAAUAAGGUAAAUUUGGGGAAACUAAACUUUUUCCAUAAUAAAGAUAAUGUUACCCCUUACAAAAAAA